AUGACCAGCGAUAACCCCAACCAACCCUCCCGGAGUGGCCGAAGCACCGGCCACCGCGUCACCCCAGUCCACAAACCACAUUCCUACCCUCCCCGCAACACCACCACCAACGAUACGAACCAUACUCGCGAUCGAUCCUUCGUCGCGGCAUCGUCAAUUACCACUACCACCGCAUCGCAGCGCACUUUCCAGGACUACUACGCCCCGACCCGCGAAUCCGAAACGCCCUCCGAAACAGCCCACCGCGUCUCCCGAAACUUCCUCUUCCUCCCAGAAAAUCAGCGUCCCAGAACCGACGAAGAAGCAGCGGCGUUAUUGAGAAGGUGUGGGCCCACGUCGAUGACGACUGGGCCUUUGAGUUUUGGUGAUUUUUGGCAGUCGGUCGUUGCGCAUCCGGGAUCGGGAGGUGGAGAGGAAUAUGCGCCGACGGGGGCGCAGAUGAUUUCGUUGUGGAUCGGUUCUUGUUUGGGGCUCUUGGAACGAGCGGAGUGA